AUGGGAAAGGAGAUCCAGGGCAUCUACGUGGCUCUCAUCACUCCUUUCACAAGUGACCAAGGGCCAAUAGAUUUCCAGGCUCUAGACCAGCACAUCAACCGCCUCAUCAAUGCUGGCGUGCACGGCCUCGUGCCCGGUGGGAGCACCGGCGAGUUCACAGCCCUCACCACCGAAGAGCGCAAACAGCUUGUUGAAGCCGUUGUGAAGUCAGCAAAGGGCCGCGUGGGUGUCAUGGCCGGCAUUGGCGACCUUUCGACAGCAAAGACCAUCGAGCUCGCCAGGCAUGCCGCUGAAGUUGGUGCGGACUCGCUCAUGGUCGUUCCUCCGUUCUAUGAUGCUCCCACCCUGGCGGAACUCAAGGCGCAUCUCUCAGACAUCCACAAGGCUUCCGGUCUGCCGAUUGUUUACUACAAUAUCCCUUCCGCCACCGGCCUCAGCCUUACGCCUGUCGAGAUUGCCUCUCUCAGCGAUGUCGGGGUGCGAUACCUCAAGGACACGUCCGGCAACGCAUCCGCCCUGACAGACAUGAUAUUCAACGACGAGAUUUCAUCCAAGAUCACCGUCUUCAACGGCUGGGAUACCUUGACCUUUUACGGCAUUGCGGCCGGUGCCAAGGGCUCUGUCUGGGGAGCCACCAACGUACUGCCAGAGCUGUCCAUGCAGCUAUGGGACGCCGUUGCCGUUCGCGGUGAUCUCAAGGAGGGUCGCGAGAUCUGGAAAAAGAUUUUUCCUAUCUGCAAGCUACUUGAAUCGGGAAAUUAUGCAGCUGCGGUCAAGACGGCAAUGGAGCUACGUGGUUGGCAAAAUGGUGGCAUGAGGAAACCUUUUGCCAUGACAAACAGCGACGGGCGGUCGAAGCUUGCCGCUGCUCUCAAGGCUGCGGGCAUCAGUAUCGAAGAAUGA